AUGGUGCAGCAGGAGCCUGCCGGGGCGCCGGGGCUGGCGGCGGGGGAGGCUGCCGUCGCCGCCGCCACCGCCACCGCCGGGGUGCGGCUGUCCCGGCGUCGCUGGGCCGUGGUGCUGCUCUUCAGCAGCUACUCCCUUUGCAACGCCUUCCAGUGGAUCCAGUACGGCAGCAUCAACAAUGUCUUCGUGCGCUUCUACGGCGUGAGCGCCUUCGCCAUCGACUGGCUCUCCAUGAGCUACAUGCUCACCUACGUCCCCCUGCUCUUCCCCGUCGCCUGGCUGCUGGAUAAGAGGGGCCUGCGCAUCAUCGCUCUGGCCGGCUCGGCCCUCAACGCCCUGGGUGCCUGGGUGAAGCUGGGCAGCCUGAAGCCACACCUCUUCCCCGUCACUGUCCUGGGGCAGGUCAUCUGCUCCCUAGCCCAGGUCUUCAUCCUGGGCAUGCCCUCGCGCAUCGCCUCUGUCUGGUUCGGCUCCCACGAGGUCUCCACCGCCUGCUCCAUUGCCGUCUUUGGGAACCAGCUCGGCAUCGCUGUGGGCUUUCUGGUCCCUCCAGUUCUGGUUCCCAAUGUGGAGGAUGUGGAGACACUGGCCUACCACAUCAGCAUCAUGUUCUUCAUGACUGCAGGCAUGGCAACAGCCCUAUUCAUUCUGGUUGUCAUAGUCUUCAAGGAGAAGCCCCCGCACCCUCCGAGCCGAGCUCAGGCCUUGAUCCAGUCAAGACCGACAGAGGAGUAUUCCUACGUGCGAUCAAUCCUCCGUCUGCUCCGCAAUGCCAACUUUUUGCUGCUUAUGGUCACUUACGGUCUGAAUACAGGUUGCUUCUACGCCCUGUCCACUCUGCUGAACCGCAUGGUGAUCCAUCACUACCCAGGGGAGGAGGUGAAUGCUGGCAGGAUUGGACUCACCAUUAUACUGUCGGGGAUGGUUGGGGCUCUGAUCUCCGGCAUCUGGUUGGACAGAACCAAAACCUACAAACAGACAACACUAGUCGUCUAUAUCAUGUCUCUGGUGGGAAUGAUAGCCUACACCUUCACUCUGAGCCUAGGCCACCUCUGGGUAGUCUUUGUGACUGCAGGCAUGCUUGGGUUUUUCAUGACAGGAUACCUUCCCCUGGGUUUUGAGUUCGCUGCAGAGUUGACAUACCCAGAAUCAGAAGGAACAUCAUCAGGGCUUCUUAAUGUCUCAGCACAGAUUUUUGGUAUUGCCUUCACCAUCAGCCAAGGGCAAAUCAUGGAUCGCUUUGGGACGAAGGCAGGAAACCUCUUUCUUUGUUCCUUCCUGUUCCUGGGGACUGUUAUGACAGCAUUCAUUAAGGCUGAUCUCCGAAGACAGCAGGCCAAUUUGGAUAAUGAACAGACAAGACUCCAAGGCAGCAAUCAGAUCACGGAUUAUGGGACUGUAGCUUGUAACCCUAACCCCAUCAAUUCCCAUUCCUGCUCACUAGCUCAUACACAAAGAAAGUGAUGCCAGAAGCCUGCACUGAUCCCAUAGUCCUUGAGGAAUCAAAGCUGUGAAAUGGAGGGGUG